AUGCCCAAUCUUGUCAAGACUUGCCCCUGCGGAUCAAAAUCUAUCGAGUCUCUGCUCGGGGGAAAGUCUCGUACCUCCUGUCAGGACACCAUCCCACUGUGCGGCAAUACUUGCAACAAGCUCCUUGACUGCGGUCACGCCUGUCAAAAAAAUUGUCAUCUCGGACCUUGCGCGCCCUGCAAACAGACAGUAUCCGUUGACUGCCGCUGUGGAUCGACUCAUGUGAACCGCAUCUGCUCCGAUAUGGAUUUGUACAGUGCCAACGGCGACAGCGUCCCAACAUGCAGCAAGCCCUGCCGUGGUCUUCGAUCUUGUGGAAAGCACCAGUGUACCAAUCGCUGUUGCCCUGCCAAACCUCAGGUCAAGGGCUCUAUCAAGAUGGACCCUAUUUCCCAGGAAGCCCAUGCUUGCACCUUGAUCUGCGGGAAGAAGCUUCAGUGUGGCGUUCACACCUGUGAGAUGCUCUGUCACAAGGGUCAUUGCAACCCUUGCUUGGACGCGUCGUUUGAUGAGCUCUCUUGCAAUUGUGGCCGUACCGUACUCUACCCACCAAUUGCUUGUGGGACAUCCAUCCCUAAGUGCCGAUAUACUUGCACUCGCGAGCGUGCCUGCGGCCAUGACUCACACUCGACCCACCCCUGCCACCCAGACAGCGAACCCUGCCCUCCCUGCAUUGUCCUUGUGGCCAAACCCUGUAUGUGCCACAAAUCCAAGAUGCCCAAUGUCCCAUGUCACGUCACUCAGCCAUCCUGUGGCAAGAUCUGUGGCAAGCGUUUGGACUGUGGGCUCCACAAGUGCAUCAAGUCCUGUCACACUGGCGAAUGUACAACCGAGCCCUGUUCCCAGCCAUGCCCCAGACCCCGCAAGAGCUGUGGACAUCGAUGUGGGUUGACGUGCCAUGGUCAGGAUGCUUGUUCAGAGGAUCACCCUUGUCAGACUAUGAUUAUUUCGAGCUGCAAGUGUGGCCAUUUGACAAAGGAAACGACCUGUCAGGCGACUGCUGAGAACCCCUGGGACGCUCGGACCAAAGUCAUCAAGUGUAAUGAUUAUUGUCUUAUGGCUGAGCGCAACAAGCGAGUUGGACUUGCCCUCGACAUCGAUGUUACCCCACCAAGUGGCCCAAGGAUCCCUGUGUAUAGUGAGCCGAUCUUGGAAUACGCCGUCCAGAAUAUGGAGUUCACGCUCAAGAUGGAACGCAGGAUUGCAGAGUGGAUCGCGGACCCAACAUUGCACACCCUUCACCUCCCACCAAUGAAGGGGCCCCAUCGCAAGUUCAUCCAUGAGCUCGGAUCCCAUUACAACUUGACGUCUGAAAGUGUCGACAUGGAACCCUACCGCAGUGUCAUCCUUCGCAAGGGUCUCACUACCUCUGUUCCGGACCUCCUGGCCUCUCAGGCAACCCGACAGCGUCGUCCACAGCAAGGUGCCACCGGAGGGCUUGAACAACUCCGUAAGCAACCUACGACCAAGAACCCGGUCAAUGCGAUCUACCUGCACGACCUUGUCUUCGGUCUGACCCGUGGCGAGCUGUCGAACCGACUGGCGCCCAUCUUUGGAUCUGUCAAGUAUACCCUCCGCUGGCUCACCGAUGAUGAUGCGGUUCUGAUUGUUCAGGCUGGGCCAAACAUGUUGAUAGAGGAUCUGGAGGCGACCUUGGUACGACUUGUUUCGCUGAUCAAAACCCAUACCGCUGCCAGUCCACUCUGUGAGCGGGUUGAUCUCUGUUGGGUCAACAAGGAGGGCGAAGUUCUUUCCCAGAACUCGACAAGCAAGCGUUUCUUUAACUCGGCUACUGGAUCGCAGCUCCUCAAGAAGCCUGCCCCACCCAAGGUGCAGAACGCCUUCUCGGCCCUGUUGUUAGAUGGUGAUCGUGAUGGUGCGGAGCAGGACCGGAUCAUGAAGGCCAAGGAGGCUGCGGGGACGCUGAGUCUUGAGGCUUGGGAUGAAGGAGUUUCGUUUUCGUCUUCUGCGUUCAAGUCAUCCUCGUCAAGACCUUCUUCUGCGGAAGGCAUGUACCCAGCAGCUCCUAAUGCUUCUUCUUCUUCUUCGUCUUCGUCUUCGAAUGCGUUCUCGUCGGCGCGUGGUGCGAUCACGUCCAAGGGUGUUGUGGAUGCGGACGAUAACGUUGUGGAUGAUUGGCAGCAGUUGUUGGAUGAUGAUUGA